CCCCCAUCAACGACUGAUGGCCGAGGAUACCCCUGCAUGAUUAUUGAUAAUAAAAAUUAACCAAAUUAGCUAAAAUGCCAUUAGAAAAUAAAUACUUUCCAUAGCCUAAACGAGUUCCCCGCAGUUAUAUCUCUCUCUCAUUGAAUUCGGCAUCAUUCGGCUGCGAAGAUCUGAAAAACAAAAGAACAUUGAAGAGCGCAGAUCGUGAUUUUGGGAUUUUACGUGCUGCCGGCAAAUAUUUGCAUCUGAAAUUCAUUGUCUAUCGGAACUCCGAUCUGGCAGGUUCGAUCAUACAACAAAGAUUACUCUCUAUUACUAAUUAUUCAAGAGGAAUUAGUUUGGAAUUUUACAAAAACAGCUUAAUCGUAGCACUAGGAUGGGCUGCACUUCCGGUUGCGUUAAGUGUUUCCUUAACACUCUUAAUACUCUGAACGCGCUUUCGGGUCUAUCCCUGAUAGCCAUUGCAACGUUGGCCCUCUCGAAAGCCCCUAUCGCCUACAUUCUGUUUCUAUAUGGACUCGGUGGCAUUAUCUUCGUUUCGGCUGUACUGGGAUGCUGUGGAAUCUGCAUGGAGAACGUGUGCAUGACCGCAACGUACGGCUUCUUGCUGUUGGCUCAGCUAAUAAUCAGCUUGCUAGGCAUCUUCCGCUUCAAGUUCACUGAGGAAUACAUAGAGAAGUUCGCCGCCGAGGAGGUUCAGAUGAAAUGGGACGAGGAGCUGGUGGAACCCGGCGCCAUGGACAUUUACCAGACAGUGUACGAGUGUUGUGGGCGUGAUAGCCCCGACGACUACGUGGCCAUCGGUCGUCAAACCUUGCCGCCCAGCUGCUAUCCCCAGGAGGACCCCCAGAUGCCCCACUAUCUAGCUGGUUGCGUCCAAAAGUCCAGUGAGAACUUUGUGGUGCUCUUCAGCUACGCCCACGAUACCAACUGGAUAGCACUGGGAAUAACCAUUCUAAUGAUGAUUGCCGCCUUUUACUUGGUCGGAAGAUUCAGGAAGCAGCGCGUUCGCUACACCUACUAAGGAAUACUUUCGUAGAAUUCUGAAUAUAUUAUUAGGGCGCCAAUAUUCCUUUACAGUAAUCUUGUAUAAAGUUUUUGAUGCUCCCAGGAGAAAUAAAAGCGUAUCCCGAUGAAACGAAUACUUCCGAUUAUACAAAGGGUUCAAUCCGAACUGAUUAAAAUUGUGAUUUUUAAACUAGU